UAGGAUGCGUCUGCUCCCUGCUGAUUGGCGCCUUCUAGGUCUCAGAGACAGCAUAAAAGGGGUCGCCUGAGCUAGCCUCCUCUGCACAGGUGGCCAGAAAGGACUCAACUCCCCACUCCUGGCCUAGAGGGCUGAGAAACAUGACUGGACGGGAUGGACUUUUGGAUGGGCGCUCCAGGAGUAGAGCCCUGGCACCAGGCUGUCCUCCCAUAGCCUCUCGCCCUCGAAGCUUCGCCAUCAACGACCUACUGGGAUUGGAGGCAGACCUGCCGACCCCGGCGGAGCCUGUGCUAAGAUCCAACAGUGAAGCUUCAGCGGAGGCAACAGGGCCGGGGCCCGGACCAGGGCCGGGACCAGGGCCGGGACUGUGCGGCUCCUGCCCUGCUCGCGGGGCUCUCCCGCUGGGCCUGAGCCUCUUCUGCGGCUUUGGGGCACAGCCCCCUUCCGCGGCUGCUGCUCGCGCGCGCUGCUUGCUCUUCGCCGAUCUGCGGCUUCUGCCCCCUGCAGGACCCGAGCCUGCUGUCGCCCAGAGCGCCGUCCACCCGCCGCCUGCGCUCAGCAGCCAGAGGCGCAGCGAGAGCGUCUCCACGUCGGAUGGGGACAGUCCAUCUGAAGAAAAGAGUGACCCAAAGAUGUCCCUUACACUGGGCAAGAGGAAGAAGCGGAGACACAGGACUGUUUUCACUGCCCAUCAACUUGAAGAACUGGAGAAGGCGUUUGGCGAGGCCCACUACCCUGAUGUGUAUGCUCGGGAAAUGCUGGCUGCAAAAACAGAGCUCCCAGAAGACCGAAUACAGGUCUGGUUCCAGAACCGGAGGGCCAAGUGGCGUAAGCGAGAGAAGCGCUGGGGCGGCAGCAGUGUGAUGGCUGAGUACGGGCUUUACGGAGCCAUGGUGCGUCACUGCAUUCCACUGCCGGAUUCCGUGCUCAACUCUGCAGAUAGCCUGCAGGGCUCCUGUGCACCCUGGCUUCUGGGGAUGCAUAAAAAGUCUACAGGAAUGAGGAAACCAGAAAGUGAAGACAAGUUGUCAGGACUCUGGGAGUUUGACCCUCUCAAAAAAGGUGCUAACAAGGACCAGGAUGGACCUGAGAGGGGACCAGACAAAACAAGCCUGAACCCCAAGGAUAGCUUGGAAGAUGUGGCCAUUGACCUAUCCAGCUCGUCCAGACCUGGGGCAAAGAAAAUCCCCCCAGGGUCCAGUACUCAGGGAUGUUCCCAUACCCCAGAGCUACAGGUGCUCCAACCCCCACAGGUGGGAGCCUCAUGAGACUGACAGAUUGCUCCCCCAAAAGCUGGAAAUAUGUGUACUUCUCACAAGUAUUUUUCAGGAGACAGGUCCAAGGCAAACACCUUAAGUUUGAUUUUCUUCCUGAAACGUCUGGAUAGAGAGCAACACUACAAUGUUGGAUAAAUAAUGACUUAGGGAAAGUUCCAUUUAAUUCUAGAGUAGAAAAUAUUCACACAACCUCCCAAGCCAGUCAGUUUGGUCUAAAAAUUUUGUCUUUCCUUCGUAGAAUUCGAACAUGGAAGAUUCAAAGUUCAAAGAUAAUUUUAGGGGUAGGGUGUGGUGUAGCUCAGUUAAUAGUACAGGUGAAGGCCUGGAUUCAAUACACAUAAGCCAGACCUAGUAGCACACACCUGUAAUCCCAGCACUUGGGGUGGAGACAAGAGAUCAAGAUGUUCAAGAGCAUCCCAGUGAGUGAGUGAGAGAGAGAGAGAGAGAGAGAGAGAGAGAGAGAGAGAGAGAGAGGUUAUUACUACCUGGCAUUAUUUAGGAUGUGGUUGAAACAUUAAGAAAGCUAGCCUGACCUCCUCACUCUAAGUUAGAAUAUUUGGUUUGAUUUUGUUGAAUCAGGGUCUUGCUAUGCAGCCCAGGCUAGCCUCAUUUUCAUGAUCUCCUGCCUCAGACUCUCCAGUGCUGCAUUACAGGUGUGAAUGUAAUUGUUAUACAUUCCUAGAAGAAGCUUCUAAACAGACAGAUGAAUGGAUAAAUGAAUGAAUGAAUGAAUGAAUGAAUGAAUGAAAUGAAUGCUAUAUCACCAUUCCUUGAGCUGGGUCUAGGACCGGUCUUUGUGGUAGGUAGUAAUUUUGUGUUCUCAGUCACUUGAUAGGCCUUGAAUACUCAAUGAAUAAACAGCAAAGAAAGCCAUAUGCCCCUCCUUUGUAAUCACCUGGAGCUAUGUUUAAGCAAUUGUUAACUAUCUGGAGACUGUCUGAAGGUCAGACCCAACUUCUUGGUCUUUUCGAGUUUAUGUUUGAAAGCACUUUAGUGACUUGGAUUCAUGAAUGUUUUCUUUCCUGUAUUUCCUUUGCCAUUUUUUUUUUAUUAUUUAAAAAUAAAUGUGUGGUGUGUCUGACACUCAAAGCUACUUACUGGCCCCUCGAUAGGUUCUCCCUCAUGUCCCGUUUUAGUCUGGGAAGAUGCAGAGCAAGUGGUCUUUUAGGCUGCAGGACUCAGCCCAGAGUCUGUGUAGUGUACUGUGGGGCAGUAGCCCUGGCUGAGUUAGGGUUUGGAGUUCAGAGUCUGAAGAAGGGUUGUCCGUUUUGGGCAGCUUCCUCUGCAGAUUAUCUCAGGAGCCCAUUGGGUUGGGCUGCCCCCACCUCCACCCCCAGUCUCUUUAGAUAAGAAAAUGGGCGGUCUCUUCCUUUUGUCUAUUUUUAUCCUAUGUUAGUUCCAUAGUGUUUCACUCUGUAUUAGUGAAGUAUUAACCCUGUGAGAUGAUGAUGAAAUGUUGCUAAGUGAGAAGCUCUUGAGGGGAAAGAUGCAUGGAGAAAUAAAGAUGUUUAAAGCACACUGAAAAUGAAAUAAAUAACGUUCAACAACUGGUGCUGAAUAAACAUAUGAGCAAUAGACCAAAGUCUCUGAACUAUUACAAAGAAAAGGGAGAGAUCAGAAACGGUGUGAGACACAUGUAACAGGCGCGCAGCUGGGUCUUCAUGUGGGACAACUAAAGCAGGAGCAGGGGCUGCCUCUGACUGCAUUGACUGCCUUUGCAUCCCUCUCCCCGACCGGCUCACUGCAACCUGACACGCUAAGGCUGGUUGAUAUCCAUGUGAGGUUUCCCCUUUU